UAUUUAAUGGACGAACAAGCAUUUUUAAACCAACAAAUGCGAGGAAAUGUUCAAUACAAUGUCAAUCAAACACAUCAAAUGCAGCAGUCACACGAACAGCAAUUAUAUCAACAACAACAUCAACAAGGUCGUCAACCAAUAUAUCAUCAGCAGAAUGUUAAUUAUCAAAAAGGGUAUGAUGGUGGCUCUCAAUACAAUCAUGGGAAUGAGCAGCAGUCUUUGUACAAUCAACAAUCUUAUCAGAUGGGAUAUAAUCAACAGCAAGCUGUUUCCACACAAUACUAUACGAUUCCGGAUGAUGACGAUUCAAUUAUUGUAGCAGAGAAUUGUGUUGUAAUGACUAGUGAUCCUUCUCCUGAACAAUUAAUGGCGCCUCAAUCUUCUAUUGGUGCUCAUUAUCCUCCUGAACAGCAACAAACCUCUCGAUACCCAUAUUUGCCAUCUAUAAGUGAUGGGGUACCUAGUUCUACUUUUUAUGGACAAGCUCGUCAACAACAGCAACAACAUAGAGAACCGCAUUAUGUUGUUGUAGAUCCUCUCACUUAUUCUGCAGGUUUUCAACAGAUACAUUCACAACAAUCGACACAAAAACAAGCACCACAGCGUCAAAUCUUACGUUCAUCUUUACCUAUUCAACAAGUUCAAAGGAGGGCUGCUCCAUUUGAAGAGGAAGAAGAAGAAAUGGAAGGAAGUGAUGAAGAUGAUGAAUGGCAACAAGACGAACUUGUACAAACGACCUCGCAACAGAGAUACAAAAUAAACAUUAAUGAGCCUAGAAUGACUAGGGCAGCAAGGCGUAAGCAAAAUUUUGAAGGCAAAAGUAAGCCAGAAAAGCAGAAGAAAGUCGAUAUACCGAAAAAAAUGUGUUCGGAUAUUUUCUCGGAUGAGGUGGAAAAAAAUGAAAAUUCAGUACAGAAAUAUGAAAAGAAAACGAUAUCGGGAACCUGGGCUGCUGUUUCACCAAAGAAAGAAAUUUUGGCUGAAAAACCGCUUUUCGAUAAAAAUAUCGCGCAUAUACAAGCGGUUCAGCGAUUAAGCACUGCUGAAGGAUGGAGACGAAUGAACGAAUGGUUGAAAUCGUCAAUUAAAACAAUGGAUUUACCUAAAUUACGUCAACUUUUGGCACAACUAGUUGAUGCGGAUAUUACAGUGGAGUUGCUUAGAGACAAUGACACUCCUAAAAUUGUUAAAGACCUGCAAAAAUGCGCAGAUAAAGAAAUUGCAAAUUUUGCAAGUAAAAUGGUUACAAAAUGGAAGCAAACAAUUCGUGAUGGUAACAAAGAAAAACAAUUGAAACUUCAGCAGCAACAACAUCAGGAAACGAAAGUAAAAGCUCAGAAGCCUAGUGGUGUUGGUGUAGCUGCAGUAUCAGGAAAAAAUGUUAAAAGAGCUUCAACUGAAUCGGACGUUGGCGAUGGCCCUUCAACAAGCCAAACAUCUGGCCAGCUUAAACCACGGACUGGUUCUAUUUCCUCAGCAGCUUCUCAUCAGCAGCAGAUUGGUUCUAGAUCUAAUUCUUUCAAUGUACAAAACACUACGGGUUUAAACAAAACUGGUGAAAGUUCUGUGAGUGCACCACCAAAACCUGAACGACCAAAAACAAUUGCUAAGGCGAAGGCUAAAAUAUCACGUCCAAGACUUACCGGCCUGGAAGGAGACGAAUCAGCAACUACGGUCAACAAAUCUGUAGAGCGUUCGAUCGGUACAAAUAAGACUAAAACUUCGACAACAGUUUCCUCAAAGGCAGCCACUUCAACAACUGCUGCUUCUGCCCAUGAGUCUCCUUUGGCGCGAAUUAUGGCUGCAACUGCAAAAUUUCAUCAACAACCUAAAAGAAAGUCCGUGGAGGUUGUUUUUAGUGAUAAUUUCAUGGACAGCCUUUCAGCUGCUGAUGUUGCAAAGCCUAAAAAAGCCAAAAUUGUGCGUAAAAAAUUGAGUGAACAAAAAGAUGAUUCGACAAAGUCCGAUGUUCGCGAGUCUUAUGCUCCAGUUGAUGAGUAUGAAAACAAUCCUGAGGGUUCUCUUGCAAAGAAGCGUGUGCGAUUUUUUGAUGAAAUUGGUCGAGAUCUGGUUGAUGUUAGGUUCUUUGAGGUUGAAGAGGGUGAAAGAAUAAAUGUUUCGAAAAUGGGUGGAAUGGACAAAGAAGCAAUUAAGCACCUUGACUCUCAGCGUGAGAAACAAUUUUUGUUGGAUGCCCGACGACAUGGUUUUGGCUCGACAACACCGACCUCAAGUGGAGGAUAUAGUUCUGUGCUUAUGGAUCCGUCUUUGAUGCCUCCAGGCCAUGGCCGAAUGUUUGGUGAUCAGACUCGUCCUGGAGUCACAUCUAAUUCAUUUAAAGUACCAGAGACGCGAUAUCCGUGGCGUUUGCUGCCUGUAGAAUGUCAAACAAUAAUUAAUAUUGAGCCGGGCUGUAGAAGCGAAGCUAAAGGGAUUGAGUUUGAACGUCAACGUACAAUACUUCCUGCUCUUGUUUUGCCGACUGCAUUGCCAGUAUCGGAUAUCGAUGCCAAUGAAUUGAAACAACAGAGAGAAGAGGGAAUGAUGCAAAUGCCGAAGAUUAUCCCAUUAGAGUUGGUUACUGAAGGCCCUCAAAAAUUAACUAUUGAAGAGAAUAACGAAGAAGAAGAAAGUGAAAUUAAACUUGAAACAUUAAAAAUAGAUUUAUCGCCUAAAAAGAAAUUGGGAAUGGAGGAACGUGAAGAAAUGUUUGUUGAUGAGACUGAAUCAAAAUUAGAAGACUAUGAAGUUUACGAAAAUGAAGCUCUCCGAAGUCCUUCACCCGAACGUCCGCCAGUAUGUCAAAUUCCCAGCAGUGAUGAAGAUUCAAGGGAUGAUAUUAAAGAAAUUAAGGAUUCAAUAAAAGAAAAUGAUCAGUUAGAUUCCCAAGAUAAUGAUGGAGGAAUUGCCAGUCCUGAACCUGAACAGCUUAAUGAGUCGUUUACAGAUUCGGGUAGUAGCAGCAUAAAAGAAAUUCCCACUGAACAACUUCCUAGUUCGCGUGAUUUGGAUGAUGAGGAUGACAAGGAAGAUUUGGACAUUCGAGAUCAGCAACAAAAGUUGCAAAAACAUCCGCAGAGUGGGGAUAUUUAA